UGCAAAAAAUCCUUUUUUCUUUCUCAUCCAGAAAUGGAGAAACUCUCUCAACUUUGUCGCCCACUAGCAUGAUCAAACUCCCUGUCUUGGUUUCAUCACAAAGCAAACCCUCCUUUUAGCAAGCACCAACAACAACAAAUUAGGAAGAAAGCGAACAGAUUUUCUGAAGAGACGGAGACAAAAAGCCCUAGAGUAAUUGCCUCGUGAUCAAACCCCACGCACUUCUUCCAAAAAUGUCAAAUUUCACAGGUGAAGAAGGGAGUUUCUCUUCAGGAAACACUGGGGAGGAAGUCCACCAACAUGAGAAACAACAGUUGCAAGGCCACCUUCAUGGGUCAAACUCGCAACCUUCCAGCACGAUCAACGAUAGCAGCUCCACCUCGCAGCAACAGCCGGUCAAGAAGAAGAGGAAUCUGCCGGGGACACCAGACCCAAAUGCUGAAGUUGUUGCUCUAUCACCGACGACGCUGAUGGCGAGGAAUCGUUUUGUAUGUGAGAUCUGCAACAAGGGCUUCCAAAGAGACCAGAACCUUCAGCUGCACAGAAGAGGACACAACCUCCCAUGGAAGCUCAGGCAAAGGCAGCCUAACGAGGCCAAGAAGAGGGUCUACAUUUGCCCAGAGCCAACGUGUGUGCACCACAACCCAGCUCGUGCUCUCGGAGACCUCACAGGAAUCAAGAAGCACUACAGCCGCAAGCACGGUGAGAAGAAGUGGAAGUGUGACAAGUGCUCAAAGAAGUACGCAGUGCAGUCUGACUGGAAGGCACACCAGAAGACUUGCGGGACUCGGGAAUACAAGUGUGACUGCGGAACAAUAUUUUCCAGGAGAGACAGCUUCAUCACCCACCGCGCCUUCUGCGAUGCGCUUGCUGAAGAGAACAACAAGGUGAACCAAGGCCUCCACCAACAGAUGCCUAACCAUGACCUCAUGCCCUCAUCAAUGCCCAUGAUCAACACCAACACGAGCUCCUCCAACUCGACCAUGUUUCUCAACGACUUCAACCCCACACUUGAUUCGAAAAAUCCCCUCAAGUCCCUCCCCCAAAACCUCGUCCCCAUGCCCUUCAAGCCCAACGCGAACAACCUCAGCAGCAUGAGCGUGAUGUCGCCUCCCGGCAUGUUCUCGACUACCUCGGGCACGCUCUUCGGCAGCCUGAGGGGUAACACCAUCUCCUCCUCCUCGAGCCUCCAGCUCAGCUCCAACACCACGUCCAGCGGCUUCAACUACCUGCAAGAAGCAAAGGCUGGCGGUGGUGGCCUUCUGGCGGCGGGCAGCGCCUCCUCAGCCCACAUGUCAGCGACUGCGCUACUGCAGAAGGCUGCUCAGAUGGGUGCGUCCGCGAGCAACAGCAUCAACUCACCCAUGAUGCACCAGAAGAGCUGCAUGGCAGGACCUGACCAGCAACAACAGCAGCAACAACCACAGCUCAUCCCAAUCGGCUCUGCUCCUCCUCUUCCCAUCAGACCGUCGUCGAUGUCGCCGUACAGCAUCAGCAAUGUCCCGCAUCAGCAUCCCAGCAACAAUAUGGACACGGCUUCAUUCAACCAUCAUCCUCAUCAUGGGUUCCAGUCGCCGCCACUGCCUCACCCUGAUCAGUUCAACCCGCUCCUGCAGAAGAGCAACCGGCACGACCAUCACCACAACCCGAUGACGCAUGUCAUGGAGAGUGCUAAUGCAAUGAUGAGCAGCGAAAUGGGGAUGUUCAGCAGCAUGUUCGUGGGAGGCACAGAUCAUCAUAACAUGAAGAGCACUCCUAGUGUGGAAUUCGUCUUCCUGACGUGCAUGAACAUUUCCGGCCAUGAAACAUUUCACGGUGAAGACAUUCUGUCACUUAAACCGGCAAAAGGAUAUCGAGCUUGUUCUUUUGGCGAGUGUAUUGCCGUCAAAUAUGCCUGA